AUGUGGCGAUCGGCUUCGAUGGGCGCGCGGCUGUGCGCCGGGCUGGCGCUGGCGAUGUCGCUGGCACUCGGCGCCGGUCGCCGCGACUACAAGGACCCGGAGGCACGCCACCACUCCGACCUCUCGCUCUGGAUAGACGAGCGACAAGUUCGGAUGUUCAGUGGCAUAUCAAUGCAAGUAUUCGCCAUAAUAAACGGGCACGUAUCCCCAUACGUGUUGGACCCGAACUUCUCAAACAAACUACCAGUGAUACCAUCUGAAGUGGGCUACGUCAACUUUACAUGGAAAUCCAAAAGCGGUACUAUUACGACUUUGAUAUUUUGACGUCAUCGGACCUGACUAUACUGAAACCACCUGUCCUGUCCAUAAAGACCCGCGGACGAGUGCCUAAAACUUCUAAAGAAUUCAGUAUAAUUUUGCCAUGUGUGGGCAAUAAUAGCGGUGUGGCCACAUUUGAAAUAGGCCUUGUGCUAAAAAAUGGCCGCGGUUUGCCGCUAAAAGGCACCCCACUUAGAUUACACCUAAAGAAGGAAUGCGCACAGAGAGGUGUGUAUUUAGAAAGGACAGGGCCGGAUCCGGAGUGCGACAAAAAAUGUGCGAAUCAGGGGUGGUGCAAUAACGAGAAGAUAUGUCAAUGUCCUGAAGGAUACAUGGGGCAGGACUGUAGGACGGCGCUGUGUUACCCGCAGUGCAUGAACGGAGGGAACUGCACCGCGCCCGGAGUCUGCUCCUGUCCACCAGGGUACCAGGGACGGAAUUGUGAAGGAGGUAUAUGCGCCCAAAAAUGUUUAAAUGGCGGCAAAUGUAUACAGAAGGACACCUGCGAAUGUCCGAAGGGGUACUAUGGAUUACGUUGUGAAUUCUCAAAAUGCGUGAUCCCGUGCUUAAACGGAGGUCGUUGUAAAGGGGUGAACAAAUGUCGGUGUCCUGUGGGACUGGGCGGUAACCACUGCGAGGUGGGGCGGCGGGUGGGGGACUGCUCGUGCAGGGGGGAGUCUUGUGCGGGCCAGCACACGUGUCGACACGGCCGCUGUGUGGCCGGCGCUUGUGUCUGCGAGCCAGGGUGGAGGGGGCGCUGGUGUCAUAGGUCCACAGGAUCAUCAGAAGAGUCCGGUGAAUACAAGAGGCCACGAUGA